AUGACUGACGACACCCGCCGCCACUGGCACGGAACCUCCGGCGACCGCCACGAGCACCACAACGUCUGGAUGAACGGCGGCGCCAAAGGUCCCAGCCCUCGUGCUGCAUGGGCCAUGCCCGUGGGAACAGAGACAGCCAGAAGAGAUUCCAAUACCUCCAACACCUCCAAUACCUCAAACGCCUCCCCAGCCAUGCCAACUCUGAACGAGCGUCGUCGCUCGAGCUCCGGGAGUGCAGCCGGUGGCAUCUUUGCCAACCUGCACAGCCAGAAGCGGGACAAUACAGAUGCCGAGCACAACGCCCGACGCGCCAGCUGGAACGAGCAGAGUGCGAAGGGGGGUAUGUUCUCUAAGUGGUGGGAGGGAUACACCCGCGGCACUGGUAGCAAGUAG